CCCAAAUGACUGAGGAAAGAACUGAAAUUUUACAUUUUAUUUAUUCCCCACAACAUAUAAACAUGCAAGUAAUACAAUUACAGAGGAUUCUGUCUGCCAUGUGUGGCAAUAUGCUUUUAAUUUGAAGGAUUAACAGGAAGUUAACAUUUUGUUUGUACUACGUGAGCCAGAAAACUGUUGGAGUACUAGCACUGAACUUCUCAGCAGGUUAUAAAGAUGUCCGUCACAGUGGAUACAGAUGAUGGAGUGACUGAUGUUAUCAUAGUAAUGGACAAUCAGAGCAUGUUGGCACGAUGGCGUCAGAUCAUCAAGGCUCCUUCCUGCGGUCCAUCAUGGCGGUCAGGGAGCAAAGGGAGCAGCGUGGUCGUUGCUCUCGGGACUGUUCAGGUCAUGGUCGGCGUGUUCAACGUUGGACUCGGACCAGAACGUGCAGAAACGUUUCCUUACUGGCUGGCAGUUCCUUUCAUUGCAGCCGGAGUCUUGUCUCUUCUUGCAGACAUGUUUCCUUUCCGCUGCCUGAUGGGCUUUUCCACCUUUCUCAACGUCGCUGGAUCCAUCCUCUCCAUUGUGGCCAUUGUGCUGUAUGCAGUACAUUUGGCCAACUUCACUGUCAUUGGGAUGUGUGGGAUCCUGGAUGAAAGGAAGUCCAAAAACUGCCUGUUCUUGGCUAAUUUAGCUCAGAAACUGCUGAGAGGCGUGGACAUCACCAUGAUCGUCAUGUCCGUCCUCCAGCUCUGUGUCUGCAUCAGCCUGGCAGUCCUGGGCAACAAGGAUUUCCACUACAGGAUGUCAAAGAUGACGCUGUUGUUUAAAGAUGGUCACAUGACCAGUCCUGGAGCCUAAAGCUAAUAAAUCUGGUGAAACCAGGGAGAAACCAAAGGGGGGUCAGGGGGGUCAUUUUUAAAAUGUCAUUUUUAAGUGUAAUUUUCAAAAUUAAAAUGUUUUUUUAAAAUAUUUGUAACAGAAAAAGUGAAUUAAAAACUUUGAAUGUCUUAUUAUCCACAGAUGCAUGUAGAAAUGCAGGUCAUCCUUUAA